CCUUGACCACCAGCCGUUUUUGACCAAGUUACGAACGAACACUCAAACCAUCAACAUGCAGCAAGGAAUUCUCGUUGUCGCAGUGCUGCUGGCCUGCCUGGCGGCCAGCUGCAGCUCCACUGCCCCUCCCAUGUCCCCGAUGACCGGCCACUCCCGGAUGCUUCAACUGAUGAGCGCCACCUCGCAGCAGCAGAAGGACAACCCGACCCUUUCCAUUGCCUGCUUCCAGUACUACAGCGGGGAGUUCGACAAGCAUCUGAAGCAGUACGAGUACGAGUACGACCAGUGCCAGCAGCAGGCCAGCGAGCAGAACGCCGACCUCUUUGAGAAGUACAAUUAUAUUGUCACCAGAAUCAACAACGAAACGCUCGACAGCUGCAAGGCUCUCACGGACUGCACCUACCAAGCGACCCCUCUGGCGUCCCUCGACUGCUACUCCGCACAGGGCUCUGAGGCUGCGAGGAGUUCGUACAACCUUUCCUCCACCGCUUCGCAGUACUCUGCUAGCCUCAAGCAGGAUAUGCAGGCGGUGACGUUCCGCCAGGAGGCCUGCUCGAACAGCUCACAGCGUCGCUACGAGGCCAGGUUCGAGCAGACCUACAUCGAUCUGCAGAACUGCCUGUCGGGUGCUAUCCCAGUGCCAGAACCAACCACAACACCCGCUCCGACAACAACUACAACCGCCGCGCCGAUCAACUCCGGACGAUAUUAUUGUGAGUACUUGGAGCGACGAUGUGGCACCAUCUAG